CAUUUUUUUCCUCUCUCUAUUAUCUCUCUCUUUGUCUUGGCUUUCUCCAUCAAAUAGUUCCCACAUCAAACCAUAAUCAUCACGCUUAUUUCAAAUCCCUUCCUCUUUCUCUUUCUCUCAUUCCCCCACUAACCUACCUGUACCAUCACAAAAUCCUCAAUUCCCCUUCCUCCACUCUUUUUCCUCUUACUGAAGACAAACAACACACACAAAGACACAGAACAACAACGUCGAAAAAUGUCGACAAACCACUACACCAUGGACCUUCCCGAACCAACACUCUGGUGGCCACACCCACACCAACAACAACUAACCUUAAUAGAUCCAGACCCUCUCCCUCUGAACCUCAACAACGACGACAACGACAAUGGCGACGACAACGACAACGACGAAAACCAAACAGUUACAACAACCACAACAGGAGGAGAAGAAGAAAUAAUAAACAAUAAAGAACCGAUGUUCGAGAAGCCGCUAACCCCGAGCGACGUGGGGAAGCUGAACCGCCUCGUAAUCCCGAAGCAGCACGCUGAGAAGUACUUUCCACUGAGUGGUGGUGACUCGGGCAGUAGCGAGUGCAAGGGGCUGUUACUGAGUUUCGAGGACGAGUCGGGGAAGUGCUGGCGCUUCCGCUACUCGUACUGGAACAGCAGCCAGAGCUACGUGCUCACCAAAGGGUGGAGCCGUUACGUGAAGGACAAGCGCCUCGAUGCGGGAGAUGUCGUUUUAUUCCAGCGCCACCGCGCCGACGCGCAGCGCCUCUUCAUCGGCUGGAGGCGCAGGCGGCAGAGCGACACCCUGCCGCCGCCUGCGCACGUUAGCAGCAGGAAGAGUGGUGGUGAUGGGAAUAGUAGUAAGAAUGAGGGUGAUGUGGGCGUGGGCUGGACCAGAGGGCUCUAUCCUGCGCAUCAUCCUUAUCCUACGCAUCAUCAUCAUCCCUCGCCAUACCAUCACCAACAAGAUGACUCUCUUCAUGCAGUUAGAGGGUCCCAAGGUCAGAACCAAAGGACGAGACCAGUGGGAAACAGCAGUUCUAGUUCGAGUUCGAGUUCAAGGGUACUUAGGCUAUUCGGGGUCAACAUGGAAUGCCAACCCGAACAUGAUGAUUCUGGACCCUCCACACCCCAAUGCUCCUACAAUACUAACAACAUAUUGCCAUCCACACAGGGCACAGAUAUUCAUUCCCAUCUCAAUUUCUACCAACAACAACAAACUUCUAAUUCCAAGCCUCCCCCUCAUCACAUGAUGAUACGUCACCAACCAUACUACUACUAGACAGAUAUUAUGCCAUCAAUGAGCGCAUGGAAAAAUUUAUGUGGAGUUAUUUUAGUUCAAGUUUAAGUCUGGGUAUAUAGUUGGAUUAAGGAAGAAUUUUGUCAUCCACCAUAAUAGUAUUUGACUCAAAUAUGAUCCACUUUAAUGAAAUGAAAGAUACAUGUGAUUUAGAAAGAAAAAAUAGAUAUUAUGCCACCCCUCUUUUGGAUCCUCUAUUUUUAUUUUUAUUUUGGUCUGGCUCAAGUGUAAGAUAUAUAACUAUCUAUGUAUCCACUUGAUUAAUUAUUAUUAUAACUAUUGCUAAUUAAUGGGUUGAUCA